GCCGUGUUUCUCCAUCAAAAUAGCUUUAUUGUAGGUACACAUCGUAUAUGACAAAAAUAGCCCGAAAUUAUUUUAACGCGGAAAGUGUUGUGUCAGUCGGGAGAGUCUUGGUGGACAGAGUGCAAGCAAAGGUAUAGCGGGUCGACGGCGCGAGCGCCACGACGGAGCGGUUUUCCACCAGUGUUUCCUAGUUUUCCCUCAGUGCUUUUCCGGUACAUCACACAAAACGCGUGUUAGACAGUGACCGCGCACUUGCAAAAACUUACAUGGAACUAAUGCCGCUUUUUCACAGAUGACGUACACGUGAAGGGUUUAUGGCGUUGGACCACCUGGAUGGAAUGCCGGAGGUGCCGUUCUCGGGAAGGCGGUGAGAUGCUGCAAGACGCCAGUCACGUGGGCUGAGCUCACCGCACUCAGCGCCGCCAUAUCUCUGGGAAGAUGUCCUAAUAUGGGUCAGCCUUGGAUGCUAGUUCGCGCGGCUGCUAUACUACUCGUGACGAGGCAAACACUGGCCCUGUCCGACAUCUUCGAAGACGGAAAAUCCGACAAGGAAAUCCUGGACCAUCUGUUACGGGCUACCCGCUACGACAAGAGGCUGCUGCCUCCGGUGCAAGAUGCGGACUUCUGCUGUGGUCUGCAGUCACCCGAGGAUGCCAACUUUGAAAUACACAACAUCCCGUCAAGCAGCAAACAGCGUGACACCGUCAACGUAGGCGUAAGCGUCUUAUUGCUUAGUUUAGCUUCCCCGGACGAGUCCAGUUUGAAAUACGAAGUAGAGUUCCUCCUGCAGCAACAAUGGUUCGAUCCCCGUCUGAAAUAUUCAAACCAGAGUCAAUACGAUUUCCUCAACGCCAUCCACCAUCACAAUGACAUUUGGUUACCAGACACAUAUUUCAUCAUGCACGGCGACUUCAAAGAUCCCCUGAUACCUAUGCACUUUUCUCUACGAAUUUAUCGCAACGGAACAGUUUUUUAUUCAAUGCGGCGACACCUCAUUUUAUCCUGUCAAGGCCACUUAAACAUUUUCCCCUUCGAUGAUCCAGAGUGUAAAUUUUCUUUGGAGAGUAUUUCUUACGAAAUGAAGAAUAUCAAGUACAAAUGGAAGGACGAAAACGAAGACGUGUUAAAAAAAUCGUCCAGUUUGGCUACACUCAAUGCGUAUUUAAUUAAAAAUCAAACUUUGGAGUGUAACUCUAACAAUAAUUGGAGGGCCGAAGAUGGCAACGUAGCAGGAGGUGAUAAUGGGAGCCGGGAUUGUGACCUCUGUCAGAAACAGUUUAAAGGAAACUACAGUUGCCUGGGGGUUACUCUAAUAUUUACACGGGAUCGAGCGUUCUACUUCACCACAGUAUUCAUACCCGGAAUUAUACUAGUAACGUCAUCGUUUAUCACGUUUUGGUUAGAAUGGAACGCUGUGCCGGCCCGUGUUAUGAUAGGUGUGACAACAAUGCUCAACUUUUUCACAACCUCAAACGCAUUCCGUUCAACGUUGCCGGUGGUAUCAAACCUGACUGCCAUGAAUGUGUGGGAUGGUGUGUGCAUGUGUUUCAUUUACGCGUCCUUAUUAGAAUUCGUAUGUGUGAAUUACGUAGGAAGAAAGCGGCCGCUUCACAACGUCGUCUACCGGCCAGGGGAAAAUCCCGUGAUACAGCGACUGCCCGCUGUUCUCAGCAGGAUAGGCAUUAUUCUGGCCAGUCCCUUGGAAACAGCCGAACAAGAAUAUUAUUCCACAUUCUGUGAAAGUCCUCAACAUAGAGGAGAUAAAAAAAGGGAUUCGACGGGAGUAGCGAACGAGAUCGUUUCCUGCACCAAUUGUGGACCAAAUCCUUGCACUCACACGGCCAACAACGGCUGUGCGGCAGAGGUGCGAAAAAAGGAACCUCCGCAUCCUAUCCGUGUGGCAAAGACUAUAGACGUUAUAGCUCGAAUUACUUUCCCGACCGCCUUUGCAGUUUUUCUAAUAUUUUUCUUCUAUCACUACAGCAAUCAGCAACCUGACGCACAAAAAUGAGAUGGUUUGGAUAACAGAGAUGUGUGAUUCUAAUAAAAGGUACAUAUCAAGCAUUUUAAAAUACAGUGUGAUCAGCAAGAAGAAGAACUGUGCUGACGACUAGUGUGGUUGGUUCUUAAUAAUUAUAUUUAUCUACUUCUACUAUACCAAUUUGUUGCAAUUUAUUAUGAAGGUUCGCGAAACGUGUAGCUGCAAAAGCACUGUACAUAGUAUAUUGAGAUUACUCAUAUUUUGACAGGUAAUUGUAAUAGUUAUGUAUACACAUACACACACAUUUUUUCAAUCAAUUUGUGCAUUACAUAUUGUGAUAUUACACGAUGCGGUGAAUUUUGUUAUUUAAUAUAUAGUCGAACUGUUCGUAAUGUUAGAGACAAACGACAACCUCAUCAGAAUGCACCAUCUUGUGGAUACGCCAGGAACGGGUCGAGGAUGAUGAUAUUUUUCUAAUUACUGUGUAAGCCGCGUUUAGUUAUCUUCUUGCUUGCACUAGUACACAUCCCCUGUGUUAACUACUACUAGCAGUUUCAAAUCAAAACUAGCAAUAAUUGUAAAGUUAUGGACCAAACCGGCGACGAUGUGUACUAGAAUCCUACCAACUGUGACCAAAUUCGUGCCAUUCUAAGCAUAAUUCUUAUUAUUUUUACUGCAAUUUAAAUGUGUUGCAUACCACCUCUGUGAUUAUUGAUAUUUGUGUAAAGCGUACCUGAAUUUCAGCACUCGUGCGGUGCGCUCGGGUCACCAAACGCACCGUACUACCAGUUGGAUUACAUUCUAAGCCACUUACAUUUCACAUUGCUGUCUUGAAUUAAGUGUUAGUUUUAAUUGAGGACAAAUUCUUAUUUAUAUGUCGUAAAGACGGGUUGUUGAAUGUUUUGUUAAGAAAAGUGAGGACAUUUUAAAUAAAAUAUUUCAUGGUGUGUUAUCGAUUUUGGCAGUUGUCCACGUUCAAUGAAUUGUUUUACAUUCCAAGAGAUUUUAUAAUGCAAAAGCUCAGUUUUGUAUAAAUGGAUAGAAAAAUUAUUUACUUAUUAUUAUUAUUAUUAUUAUUAUUGUUGUUGAGUUUUUGUUUUGUUCAUUUUUACCUCGUUCUAUCCAGGAGUUUAUUCGUUUAUUGUCGACUCGGCGAAUUCAAUAUAUAUUGUAAAUAAUAUAAAGAUCAGAAUUGUGUUUUUAAUCUAAGUAUUUAUAAUCGUAAUCGACUAGAAUAGUACGUAGCAUGCCAACAUGCACGAUAGAGCAGACACUGUGAUGACAGACUGAACAGCUUUCAACCGGUUCGAGUAAUUGUCGAAUACAUAAUUUCAAUGAAGAAACGAAAUCGUGGGGCUUUGGCUUGAUUACAGCAGUCCUUGUUUCACUCACUCAGAAAAGUUGUUCAAUUUCUGGUUUACCUCAGCAUGGAAUUUUGCGUGACGGACACUUUGCUCUUGAACUUGCACCGUUUUCUUCUGCCUAUUUUGUACAUAACGACUUUCGUGUUUGAAGGGGGAAAUUCUAAAAAUUCCAUGCUCAAAAGUAUUCGUCGCAUUCCAUCGUCAAAGUUUCCGAUGGCCAUUUUCACUUGUAUGGAAUGCGAUGGUUUCGAUUUGUUUUGAAAUUAUUGUCGUUGCCAUCAUGCUAACAGCGGCUUUAAGUGACCUCAUCUACCAGUAUAGUCAGAUUUUCUCAUUCUAUACCGUUAGAGCCAAUAUUGUUAGAACUUUGGCUUAAUUGCCUUUACUAUAAUGCACCAUAAUCAUUUAAUCCUGUUAUGAACGUGAAAAAUCCUCAAAAUAAAUUUUGUAGCCAAUGUCGACUCGACGUUAUUGUACAUAUUUCCUAUAAUGUACAUACAUCGAAUUUUAAAUUAAAACACAAUGUAUGUUCUAAUUCGUUACAUUAUACAAUAAAUAUUUU